ACUCAGACUAUUACCAAAACCUAAAUUUCCUCUCUUGUGUUCGAUGGAAGGCUUGUAUGUUCCUGCUUUCAAGAGGAAGAAGUACGAGCAGCUGAAAAGGAAGAUACUUGGGGAAGAAGAUAAAGACGAAGAAGAAGAUGAUGAAGUUAUACAAGAUCAUACAGAAACUGAUCUUGUCAGUCUUAAGAGAACAAUCUACCAAACAAUCAUGUCAAGUCGUAACUUGGAGGAAGUAGGGCAUAAACUACUCCAAAUCAGACUUCAACCAGGUCAGGAGAUGGAGCUAUGUGUUAUGAUCUUGGAAUGUUGCACUGAGGAGAGAACUCACCGUUCUUCCUUCUAUGGUCACUUAGCACACAGGUUCUGUCUCCAAAGCAAAACAUACAAAGAAUGUUUCAAGGAUCUGUUUGUGCAGCAAUACGCAACAGUUCAUCGUCUAGAGACUAAUAAUAAACUGAGGAGUGUAGCCAUGUUCUUUGCUCAUAUCCUAGCAACAGACGCUCUUCCGUGGAAUGUUCUUGCCAAUAUUCGGUUAACAGAGGAAGACACAACUUCGUCGUCUCGUAUCUUUGUUAAGAUCCUUUUCCAACAACUCUCUGAGCAGUUGGGGAUAAGGGUUUUGAAUGAAAAGCUUCAGGAUCCAGCCAUGGAGGAGACCUUUGAGCCGAUCUUCCCAAAGGACCAUCCCAAGAACAUGAGGUUCUCCAUCAACUUCUUCACCUCCAUUGGCCUUGGGGGCAUCACUGAAAAACCCAGGCAGCUUCUCCAUCAACUUCUUCAAGAGGAUGUUGAUUAGUGAAGCAUUCAGCUCUCUAUUUUAAUUUGUAAACAGUCUUUUAUUUGCCUUGAUGUGUCUACAUAGAACAGAGAUAUCUCUUUCAUAGCUAUUAGCAUUUUUUUUUGUGUGUGGGAUUUAGUUUAACAUUCUAUAAUUAAGAAUGAGAGUUUUGGCCAUUUGUUACU